AUGGGAGCUGAGGGAGUUCUAAGAAAUCACCAAGGGGAUAUGAUUUGUGCUUACUCUUCACCCCUUGGGGAGGGAAGCAAUAACCAAUUUGAAAUUAUUGCAGCUAUUUUUGGUCUUGCUUGGUGCAUCCAUUUGGGAUACCUUAAUGUAAUCUUUGAGGUUGACUCUGAGUUACUGUUAAAAUGGAUCAAGCAGCAAGUGAUCCCUCCACGCAGUAUUAUUCAACUUCUUGCAAAGCUACAAAGUAUCAUAAGACAAUUGUCCAACUUCCAGUGCACUCACACUUUGAGGGAAGCCAACUUCCCUGCUGAUAAACUCUCCAAAUUGAGCAACACUGUCACUACACCUAAAAUCUACUUCAAUAGGAAGCAACUACAUGAGAAUACCAAAGUAUAUCUCCACCUUGAUAAAAUGGGAAUGGCCACUUUUAAAAGAAGAAAGAGGAAGAAGAUCAAAGAACCCCCUUAG